AUGUUGGAAGAGAAUGGAUGGCACGAACACGCCAGAAACGGGAACAAUAAUAACGACAACGGGAAAAAAGCCAAGACGAAGCCGAAGACUCGGAAGAGGACAGCAGAGCGGCGGCAAAGGCAGACGAAAAUCAUGUGCCAGAAGCACUACCAAUUCUGGACGGUGUGUCUCCACUACGGCCGUGGACACCAAACCGACUAUUGCCAGAGGCCGAGCCGGCGUGGACGAUGCUACGUUCCGGACCAGAUCGAGCUAUGUCUCGGCUGGUGCCCGCACUGCGUCGAAUCGGUCAAGAGAGACUACAUCAAGCAGUGGCUCUGCUCGAGGUCCAUCAUAUGGCGCUAUUGGCUCUGGGUCACGCGCGAAGCCAGCCCGAACAUGAGCCUCCCGAUCAAGCCGUACAUGAUCGGGAUGGUGGAUCCGAGCGAGAUCAACAACGAUUCCAUUCCAAGGGCUCGAAAAACCUGGACGGAUUGCAUGAUUGAGAGGUUUCGGGUUCGAGCUGAUUGUGAGAUCAAGCUGAUGGCCGACACUUGGUACAUCCACUCGCGCGCUGCACGAAAGGAGAUGGUGCAGAAGGCGCAGGACGUGACGCUGGAAUGGGCCGACGGAUUCAUCCUCACCUAG